AUGUUGGCGACCUCUUUUCCGGAGAAGGCGCCGGGGCGUGUGCUGCGCAGGCGCGGUUCCGUCUGGUGCGGAGCGGAGGCCCGGAUGUUGGCGACCUCUCUUCCGGAGAAGGGUCCAGGGCGUGUGCUGCGCAGGCGCAGUUUUGUCUGGUGCGGAGGGGAGGCCCUGAUGUUGGCGGCCUCUCUUCCUGGGCGUGUGCUGCGCAGGCGCAGUUUUGUCUGGUGCGGAGGGGAGGGCCGGAUGUUGGCGGCCUCUCUUCCUGGGCGUGUGCUGCGCAGGCGCAGUUUUGUCUGGUGUGGAGAGGAGGCCCUGAUGUUGGCGGCCUCUCUUCCUGGGUGUGUGCUGCGCAGGCGCAGUUUUGUCUGGUGUGGAGGGGAGGCCCUGAUGUUGGCGGCCUCUCUUCCUGGGCGUGUGCUGCGCAGGCGCAGUUUUGUCUGGUGCGGAGGGGAGGGCCGGAUGUUGGCGGCCUCUCUUGCGGGGCGUGUGCUGCGCAGGCGCAGUUCCGUCUGGGGCGGCGGCAGAGCCCGGAUGUCGGCGGCCUCUGUCCCCCAGAAGGCGCCGCGGCGUGUGGUGCGCAGGCGCGGCGUUGCCGUGGCGACGGCGAUGCGGCUGCCGUGCGCGGGGCCGGCGGGGGGUCUGGUCGCGCUGGCGGGGUCGCCGGGCGAGGCGGAGGAGCUGGUGCCGCGGGAGCUGCGGGCGCGGCUGCUGGACGCGCGGGACCACCGCGGGCGGGCGGCGGCGAUGGCGGCGCUGGGGCGGGCGCUGUGGGAGGCCCCUGCGGGCGCGCUGUCGGGGCCGGGGCUGCCGGCGCUGCUGGGGCUGCUGCGGGGCGCGCUGGGCGACGCGAGCCUGGCGGUGGCGCGGGGCGCGCUGGAGGCGCUGGGGCUGGUGGCGGCGCGGCUGGGCCCGGAGGCGGCGGGCUGGCUGGAGGCGCUGGUGGGCGCGGCGGCGGCGGCGCUGGGGGACCCGAAGCCCGCCGUGCGCCUGCGCUGCCAGCAGCUCUUCGUGGGCCUCAUGCGCGCCGCCGGGCCCCAGCCCGUCCUCGACCGCCUGCUGCGCCCCGAGCGCCUGCAGCACCGCCAGGCCCGCGUGAGGGAGGCCCUGCUCGCCCUCGCCGCCGCCGCGCUCCUCGCCUUCCCGCGCGCCGCCUUCCGCCUGCCGCGCCUCGCCCGCGCCCUCGCGCCCGCCCUCGCCGACCCCAAGCCCCGCGUCCGCCGCGCCGCCCUCGAGGCCCUCGCCGCCCUGCACGCCGCCCUCGGGCCCGCCCGCGCCGCCACCCUCCUCCGCGCCGUCGACGCCCUCGAGCUCCGCCGGGAGGGACGCGGCGCCCUCGCCGCCCUGCGCGCCCGCCUCGCCAGGAAGGCCCUGCCGCGCCUCACCCCGCACGGCCUCCUCGAGUACGCCCUGCCCAUGCCCGCCGCGCCCGGAGCGCCCCCCGGCGCCGACACCGACUGGCUGCUCCAGCCCGCCCGCGCACGCAGCGCCCACAGCGGCACCAGCGCCCGCGACGACGACGACCCCGCCGGGCCCUGCCCCCGCAGGGUGCUCAGCGCAGGGAAGGGCAAGCUGCCCUGGGAGAGCGACCCCGCCAGCCUGCCCCACACCACCGCAACCCCUGAGCUGAGGUUCCUCCAGCAAAUGUGUUUGAAUGAGCUUAACAUUGAAGGCUCAGGUUCCGAGCUGAAUUUUGACGCUGGCUACGAUGCCGUUAAGAGCCCCGUGAUGCAGACUGGCCAAGAAGUCUCCAAUAAUGUGGAUAAUCACCAUAUUUCAACGUUUUUCUCUUUUCUUUUCCUCUUGCAGUUCUCGACAUCGAAUGAUUUCUUUCAUUCUCCAAGACUGAGGCCGUCUCAGGGUGCCAUGGCCUCUCACCAGCCUCCGCUGUCCGGAAAACCUGGGCUGCUGGGCUUGCGGGGGAAGAGCGGCAGCGUGGAUUCCGACUUGCAGUUCCUCGGGCUGAGUACCCCCCGGCACGAGACAGAUUCGGUUCGUGCCAGCCUCAGUUUCACCAGCAAGCCCCAGCGGAUGUUCUGCAGCCCGCCUGAGCCGGCUCCUCCUCUCCUGGGCUCCCACACCACCCCGGGGGCCUUCAUUCUCCCGUCCUAUCCCUUCUCGUCGCCCAGCCACAGCCCAAAGCAUGCCUCCUCUCUGGCCGAUCCGCUGAAGAAGUCACCAGGGUUCGGGGUCAGCUUCUCGAACUCCUGGCCCCUGAAGAGUUUUGAAGGCCUUCCGAAACCGGCUGCCCAGAAGAAGUUCUCCAGCCCGACAACAGGAGGGGACGCAGAGACGAAGCCCCAGGAUGCUCCUCCGAUUCAGCUGAAGCCGGCUUUUGUGAGAUCUCCGGCGUCACGGAAGGGCCUGAACGGAAGCAAGCCUGUGCCUCCCAUCCCCCGCGGGGUCAGCCCCUUGCCCGAGAGAGCAGAGUUCCGGGACAGGGGGCACAAGAACGGAGAGCCAGAAGACAUCUGGCUGGACGGAAGGGACGGGAGGCUGGCCAUCGACCUGUCGGAGCUGGACAUCAGCGAGAAGGAGCUCGAGGAGGAGGAGAUGCAGAGUUCUCUUCGGUCUCUGCGCAACAGUGCAGCGAAGAAGAGGGCAAAGCUGAGGGGCAGCACUUCUGAUCUAGAGAGCCCAGACUCUGUCCUGAAACUAGACUGGACCUCCGAGUCCCCUUCUUGCUUGUCUUCCCCCAGCACCAGUUCCUACAGCGAAAGCGGGGUCUAUAGCCAAGAAUCGGUGACGUCCCCACUCUCUGCAGAGCCUCAAGGAAGGAGAACCAUGUCAGACAUUUUCCCUCUAGGAGGCAGCUCCCGAGCCACAAAACUCUCACCAUCGCGGCAUCGAGGUCCCAUCGUGGUGGAACACAGUCUUGGUGCAGGGACCGCGUUCCAUGAGAAGGCAGCUUCCAGCGUGAGUGGUCAGUGUCUGAGCUACAGCAACGGAUCGGGAGAUUAUGAGGACGACAGACCGAGAAUGGCAACUCCUGUCGCCUCGAAAGGGCAGAGCAAAGAGCACCAAAGGCACAGUAAACCCACAAAAGGAUGUGCGGGGCCUUCCUUGAGUUUGCACCAGCUGGAUAGUCUAGACUUCACCUCACCAAGUGCCUUGGCGGAUGACUCCGUAGUCAUUGUUGGAAAAGGAAUGUUCGAAAGCCCGCCUGCGGCCUGUGUCCCCUGCGGCCAGUCGCAGAUAUUCCCCACGGAGAACGGAGACGCGCCUUCCCUCAAAGCGAGCGUGGAGCCUCUUUCGGGGAUUUACGGGAGAGCUGUCCCGCAGCAGAACCCUGCGCCUUCCCUUGACGUGGACACGGAGAGAGAUGUGAAAGUGGCCCUAUCCAAAUCUGCACGGGAAAAAAUGAGACAGAAAAAGAAAGAGGAGAAAGAGCAUCAGGAAGUUGGAGACCUCGAAAGAAAGGAACUGAGCUCCUGGGAACUCUUUAAGCAAAACGACUCUGAAAAGAUGGCACCAGAAGCUAGAAAUACACCCUUCACUCCACUGUUGAAGAGAACCUCGAGUGUGAAGCGAACGCAGCCUGCAGUCGCUGGAGAAUCAGGCCCACGGAUGCCGUUCAGGGACGGGACUCUGUUGAUGGCACGCAGCACAGAGAUCAUGGGACCCACGGAACUGAGACCUUUCUCCAAGCCGGAAGCGGCUCUUUCAGAAGCGCUGCAAUAUCUCGCCGAUGACGACUGGGAGAAGAAGAUGGAAGGCCUUAAUGCCAUCAGGUGCCUGUCUGCCUACCACCCGGACACGCUGACUGCAAAGCUCCAUGAGACCACUCUGGCUGUCGUGCAGGAGGUGAAGAACCUGCGCUCCGUGGUGUCCCGAGCGGCGGUCAUUUGUUUGGGCGACCUGUUCAGCCACCUGAAGAAGAGCCUGGACCAGGAGCUGGACGGGACGGUCAAAGUCCUCUUGCACAAGGCCGGGGAGUCCAACACCUUCAUCCGGGAAGACGUCGAGAAAGCCCUGAAGGCCAUGGUAAACAACGCCACUCCUGCCCGCGCUCUGGCUUCCCUCAUCAACGGAGGCCAAAGCCACCUGAACACAGCGGUGAGAAGAUGCGCAGCCCAGCAUCUGUCGGAUGUCGUUGAGCACAUGGGGCCCGGGCGCGUCUUGUCUGGGAUCAAGGACGUCACCGACAAGGUUUUGCCUGCUGUAGCCAAAUUCGUCCAAGACGGCUCACCGGAAACAAGGUACUACGGCCGAAAGAUGCUCUUCUCCUUGAUGACACACGCCGACUUUGAGAGGAUGCUUGAAAAGUACGUGCAGCCAAAGGACUUGCCUUAUGUCAAAGAGACUCUCAGCAGUCUGAGGCAGAAGGGCCUGGGAGAGAUGCCCAUCGUUACGCCCUCAGCCAAAGGCAGGCGUGCGCACACCAGCACCACGGAUAGCUCCAGAUCAGCCUCUCUGUCGCGGGACACGCUCAGCGCCGGGGACAGAGAGGUGAGAGAAGUGUGUGACGUGACGAGGAAACUGGGCCCCCGCAACACCUUGGAAAGUGCCGAAUACGUGAAGGUCCUCACAGCUUCACUGAAUGCCAAGGACUUCCGCGAGAGGAUCAGUGGAAUUAGACAAUUGUUAGAAGACACAGAAAGCAACCAAGACCUCGUGGUUGCCAACAUUGUUAAGAUCUUCGACGCUUUCAAGCCCCGCUUGCACGACUCCAACAGCAAAGUGAACCAGGUGGCCCUGGAGACCAUGCGGCAGCUGAUCCCCCUGCUGAAGGAGAAGCUCUCCCCCGUCAUCAACAUGCUCAUCCCCGCCUUGGUGGACAACAACCUCAACUCCAAGAACCCGGGCAUCUACGCCGCUGCCACCGGCGUCAUCCAGGCCCUCUGCCAGCACUUAGACAAUUACCUGCUCCUCCAGCCAUUCUGCACGAAAGCCCAGUUCCUGAGCGGGAAAGCCAAACAGGACGUCACUGAAAUACUAGCCGAGCUCGUCGUCGACUUGUACCCUCGGAAGCCUCACGCCGUGGAGCAGAAAGUCCCCGUGGUUUUGUGGCACCUCUUGGGCAGCUUGACCAACAGCGGCUCCUUGCCCGGAGCGGGCGGCAACAUCCGGGCCGCCACCGCAAAGUUGUCCAAAGCGCUUUUUGCACAGAUGGGGCAGAACCUGCUCGCCCAGGCUGCCUCCCAGCCUCCGCACGUCAAGAGGACUUUAGAGGAAUUCCUCGACCAAGCGACCUGAAGCGGCCGACGCGGCAGAGGCCCGCUCAGGGGCAGAGGAGCGUGUUGCGGGUUAUCGGGCUGGGGCCCCGUGGAAACGAGAGGAGCGGUCUCCGUGGUGUCUCUUUACAGUGCCUGCGUCAUCCGCGCAGAAAUGGACCCGGAGCGGCUGUCCUGAAGGAGUCCUGCACCUCUACCACUGACGAGUCCUGCACCUCUACCACAAUCAUUAUGGUGCUUGCACCUUCGUCUCUUCCUCAGUGCUGGUCCCAACAUCCCACGAAAAGUGGGGGGAGCAGACGUCUUGGGCGGCAAAGCCCAGCCUUGUUUGCACUCUCUCGUGGACUCUGAGGCACGGUGCGCCCUGCACGCACUCACGGAGCUGGAAAAUGUUCAAAAUAGGAGUAGUUUUAAUCACGAAAUCAUGUUACGACGCAUCCUCUCUUGUCGCCUUGCGUGGAAAGGCAAGAAGUCCUCGAGAGACACGCAUUCAUCUAACAAACAGGGUUCUGUGUGGCGUUUGUGAACAAAAGGUGUCUUUUCCAAAUCAGCCCCACCCCUGACUGUGCAGUGAUCGCUUCGCUCCCCCUGCUGCCGACGAGCCGCACCCCACCCGCUCGCCCCUCGGGCCUCCUUAUCUGCACACUCCUGUCAGACUUCUCUUAACGAGUUAGAAUGAAGCAUGUUGACCAAAAUUUUCAGGAAAUGAAUAUUUUUUCAGAUUUCGAGCAGCACACGCCUUAAAAAGAAACGUCGUGUGUUGAAAUGUCACUUUCGUAUUUUUAGUGUGGGAAAACAAGAUUGAAUUUUAUCUCUGUCCAAAAUUUAUAAAGGUGUUAAAAACUUCUGUGCUGUGGCGUCCUCAGCGAUAUAGUGCCAGUUCUUCUCUUCCACCACCACCUCCUCCUCCUCCUCCAGUACUGUAUUCAUUUGAAACAGAGGAUGUUCUAAAAAUAAAUGGAUUUUAUUUCUGUACA